AUCUGCCUUACAUAGAUAAAGAAAUUUAGACAGAUGUGACUUCCCAUCUGCCAGUGACCUUAUAAAGGCAGAUUUCUAGUUAGGGUUCUCAUUGUCGGUUUUGUAUCACAAGUUUGACAACAAAUAUGCAACUUUUGAUCGCAGUUUGUAUGGUGGCUUUUGCCGCAGCCGUAAAUCAUCACCCUGGUGGUGAUCCCCAUCCACCAAACCAUCACCCUGAUGUUGAAUGUCACCAAAACAGUGAUUGCACCGACCCAUGUGCGGAUGCUACUGAAAGCCGAGUUUGCCUUAACCACAAAUGUGAAUGCCAAGCUACACCCAUUGUGAAGCGUGCACAUUGCAAUCCCCACGACUGUGUUUGCCCAGAAGGUCAAAAUGGAGUAUGCAAUUCGCAAGGUCAUUGUGAGUGUGGAAGCCAUGGAAAACGUGCUGCACAUUGCAACCCCAAGGACUGUUCUUGUCCAGACGGUCAAAACGCCAUAUGCAAUUCCCAAGGCCAUUGCGAGUGUGGGGACCAUGUAGUAGGCAAGCGUGCUGGUUGCCAUCCCCACGACUGUGACGCCAGCUGUCCAGUUGGUCAAAACGGAGUUUGCAAUUCCCAAGAUAAAUGCGAAUGUGGAAGCCAUGGCAAACGUGCCACCUGCACGGCAGCAACAGUAGCCACUGACUGUACUUGUGACAAGGGUACUGCAGUCUGUAACGAACAUGGACACUGUCAUUGUAACGAGUGUAUGGCAGACGCUGACUGUCCCGCCACGCAUUGCCAUGGUGACCACGUUCCAGCAUGUGACGGACAUCACAAAUGUCAUUGUAAACACCCAUAAUAAUUUCAUUUACAAAAAAUAAUAAAUUCUGCUUUUCAUUACA